AUGGCCUUAUCUGUGCUUCUGGCAGCGGAUUCUUUGAAAGCAGUUAUACCAUGUAGUUUACUGUCGGCAUCUAUGCUUCCUUUUGCUAGUUUAUCUCUUGGCAUAGGAUCAUUAUCUUGGGUAGUACCGAAGAAGACAUUUUUGGCUUUGGAUAAUACACUUUACAAAGCAUAUAUGAGACUUUGUUUGUUUGUUUUCGAAAAUGUGUCUGGAGUUGAGCUCAAACUGCAUGGGGAUCUCGAAGCUCUGAGAAAUAUGAAAGAAUCUGUCCUAGUUCUUUCCAAUCAUCAAACGAAUGUUGAUUGGGCAAUCAUCAUGAUGCUUGCUGAUAGACAAGGCAAAGACGGUUCAUCCGUAGGUUUUAGAGUAAUGGUCAAGAAUGCUAUACAUUAUGUGCCUUUGUUCGGUUGGUAUAUCUUCCAGCACGGAUACAUAUAUGUUAGACGCUUUGGAACAUUCAUCGGCACCCCAGUUUUGAAGCAGUUGAAAUGGCUCGACAGUAUUGGCGAGAGUUACUGGCUAUUGGUUUUCCCGGAAGGUACACGCUUCACCAAGAGUCACCCUCAGAAGAUCAAACAAAGCCAAGAAUUUUGUAGAACAACUGGAAUGCGGCAAUUGGAGAAUGUAUUAUGUCCUAGAGUUGGCGGUGUUCAGAUGGCUGUUGAAAAUUUGAAAAGCCUAGAUGCUAUUUACGAUAUAACCAUUGGCUAUGGUCAAACGAGAAACACAAACCGCAGAGGCUAUGCUCCUGGUAUGUUUGAGUUUGUAUGUGGCGCUCUGAAAGGACGGUAUGUUUCCGUUCAUAUCAAACGUCAUUCUAUCAAUGACGUUCCUAAAGACAAGUUAAACCUCAAGAACUGGAUGAUGCAGAUAUAUGAAAACAAGGACAAGUUGAUGAACCGAUUCUACGAAACUGGCGAGUUCCCUGAUAAAAUUAAUGAAAUUGAGCCGGCACUUCCCAUCAUGAGAACUUUACCUCCAACGCUGUUUUUCAGUGGAGCGUUGUUAUCUGCUUACUACUUGCCCCAUAGCACGAAAGAGAAGACCACACUUCCUGCAAAAGAAUCAUCUAUGAUGUUCGCACCGCCAGAGCCUGAGAAGGAGUAUUGUCCAGGAAAAGAUAUCACCGUAUGUCUAGAGUUGUUUAAAUCCUUGUCUGCUCGAGACGGAAACAGUGCGAGAAUCGCUCAAGAAAUUCUAUCAACUACUCUUUCUCUCACUGACAACUUGAAUACCUUUUGCCGUUCCUCAAUAAUUGUAACUUGUCUUAAGAUCAUUCAUGAUGCUGGUGAAGUUGACGACCUCAUACAAGCAGUCGAAGAUACAGCAGAAUGCUAUAGGAACAGUCCAACAUUUUUCAAAAUGGUUUUUUUGGAAAGGCUAAGAACGUGCGAGUUUUUUUUGAUUCAAACUCUGUUUGCAACGCGCUUCCAUUCCGUGCAUGAUUCUUUUCCAAGACAUUUGUUGUUCGAUAACACUUACACCUACAAGAAGGUUUUCAAAAUAUGUAAUUAUCAUUUGUUGGGCUUCGGAGAAAACACAUAUUAUAAUAUCGGUGUACCCACGAAGGGCGCGACUUCGUCUGCACAUCAGAUCAGUUUCAGAACCACUGAAAUAAUGAAAGUGUCGAUGAGUGAUCAGCAUACGCUGUUCCUCGACUCGAACAACCAGGUUUUUGGAUGUGGCUCCACUUCGAAGGGUCAACUAGGCUUCGUGUCUGGAACCAUUGCAGUGACUCCUAGUCGAAUAGAUUUACCAAAUUUGGGAAACGAAAUAGUCGUGGAUAUUUUAGCAAUGGAAGGAUUUUCUUUAUUUUUAACUCAACGAUCUCUCUAUGUUUGUGGAGACUACAAGAUGAUCAUCCCUGAAUCAAAGGAUCCUCAAGUCAAGAAAUUUGUAUUAUUCGAGAAUAUCGACUGUUAUGAUAUGACGAUCACUGCAAAUUCAGAUUACAUUUGUAUCUAUGCUCUGAAACUCGUUUUCCUCUGUGGUUUUCUUUCCGAUGAGUAUACACCUCCAUUCUUGAAGUGCUGCCGGGAUACUUUCAUAAAUGAGAACUAUAUCUACAUUAAAAAAAAGGGAUAUAAACGAUCUGACAGUUUCAAACUAAACACUUUUGACUCCAAAAACAUUGAUCAUAGGAAUGAAGCAUUACCAUCGUUUGAAAUUAAUUCUGGAAAUCACCGUAGAGUUUCCUUGCAAUACAGCCGUGGUCAGCGAUAUGAGUUUCUUUUCUGUAUAAUGUCACCCGUGUUCAUUGAGAAUGACAAUACUGUUACUCAACAUCGAUCGUUUGAAAUAUAUCUCAGAUCGGGAGAAAUGGUUCCUUAUGUUUUUCUGCUAAAUGGACUACGUGUGUACUUGAACAUAUGGCAGUUUGAAGUGUCCAAAGAAGGUGACAUAAUAUUGUUAGCGCAAACUUAUAAGCUACAAACUGAUAGUUCUAUUGGGAGAAUGGGAGCUAUUCUAUACCGAGGAAAGUUUAAACUUAGGAAGAGGAAGCUAAGAUGUGAUCAAGAGUUCGUAUAUGCUCCUCCGAAAAACGAUAUUGAGGCUCAGAUGCGUAAAUCGUACUGGGAAAUACCUCUUGAGGAAAUCCCCAACACUCACGGAGCAACUUUUUUAUCAGCAAGCCCUGAUCUCAUGAACGUUAUUUACAAAAUAGAGGCUGAUCAGUCUUUCGAUGAUGGUGAUUGGGGACAACUGAAGUGGCGAUCAGUGGACUUCGAAUAUCUGCAAGGAAAACAAAAAGAAGACACUAUUGAAGCUCAAGAGAUUGUUAAGGUUAUUUCGAAGGAGUACACCAGUUUUCUCACAUCUUUUGAAAUUAUUGGUUAUCGGAUGCCGGCUCUUCUGCCUUUCAUUAAAAACAGUGUUCUUGAUUUUUCCGAGGCUGCCAAAGUGUUAGAGUUGAAUGAGGAGUGUAAUUCCGUCUAUCGCUUUCUGAUUGGACAUCCUUUUUCUGAAUCGUUUUAUGAAAAACUACGGAGGAACGUUUCUGUACGACCAGGUCCUUUAGUGAAAAUUAUUAGCCAAUGCGGAAUUACAGUUAGAAAACAAGGACAGAGAACUAUAAGGUUGAGUAAGACGGAAAGUGUUGAUGAUGUUAUACCGAAAGAUUGCACUCUCAUAUCCACAGAUGGGUUGCGAUUUUAUUCGAAUCAAAAUUGGUUGAGGCUUCAUUCACAGUACAUUUCUCUUGCCUUGAAUUAUUGUUCCGAUUUCACACUUUCACUCGACUAUUCUGGUGCCAUAAUCCAAAGAGUUCUCAACUUUUUAGAAAAACCUGAGUUGUUACUAGAUUCUAGCUUUGACGAGAUAUAUCAAAUAUUCACUUUUUGUGAUCAAUACAUGUUCGAAGCAUUAAUGGAGGAUUGCUUGCAAACUAUAUUCUAUAGAGCAACUCAUCUUCACUGUGAAGAAUUAUUCAACAUCUAUUUUUCAUUACCAUCCUAUCAUGAUUUGAUAGUUAGUUUGUUCGUAGAUCGUCUCGAUCUUCUAUGCUUCUUCUCAAACUCCGCCUUAGCUCCGAUAGAACUUUUAAAAGAAAUAGAACCUUUAGUUAGUUCAGUGUUGAAGCCUAGUACAGCUCUCACUCCUCUUUCGCUCGAUCACAACUUCACGAGUAAACGUGAAGAUUGGUCAGUAGUUCUUGUCAUGGAUGAGACUCUAGGUAAACUUAUGAAGGGCAACACAAAGAAUCAGAGAAUCAGAAAAGAAGUUGAUGAAAUCAUCGAAUAUCAAGCUGCUACAGGUUUUCUAGAAUUUUCAUUAAGGAGCAACCUAGACCAAUACGAGUUCGACGGUUCUUUCUCUGAGGAACCAACUUGCCAAGCGUUUCUUGAGAAGUACAAACGGGCUUUGUUAAAGGUGGCGGACUCGAAGUUAAAAGCAUCCAAGGACAGAAAGAGAAAAAAAGAUUCUCGACUACCGCUUGAACCACCUAUUCCUCCUACUCAACCUUUUCCUGAACCCCGUUUGAGUCUUGAACAUGAUUUAUCGAACUCCUCAUCGUCUCCGCUUGUACCUAGUUCACAGCCAGACCCCAUUCCUAUUGAGCCUUGUUCGCCAACAGAAUCUUGCCGGCUCUCUGGAGUUUUCCAUACUCCGGACGAACUACAUAACUCCGAACUCUUAAACUUGUCCGGCCUACACGUCCAUGACGAGGAUAAUUCGAAGUGUAAAGAAUCCAAAUCUCCUUUUCUAGAAAAAGUUCAAAAAAUUGCAAAGCCAAAAAUGAGACCUAUGGGGAAGGGACAUAAAGCCAAUUAUUUGCUACAGGAGAGAGUCACGAACGAAGCUCCGUGGGCUAAUGCUUCCUCUCCGGGACCAUCAACUUCACUAGCCGCUAUUCAAGCGGAGGAAAAAGAAAAGGAACAGCAACAGCGGUUAGAUAAUCCACAGCCAAGAUCGAGACGUACUGUAUGGAAAAGUGAAUCAGAAGAGUCAAGUCAUAAUUUGUCUUUUUGUGAGAUUAUGAAAGAAGAGAAACAGAAGACGGAAGAUGAAAAGAAGAAGUUCUCUCGCCCUCUCGCUUUUAUUGAAGAAGAAGAGAAGGCUGCCAAGGAAUUACAACAGUUGUAUGAGCAGAAUGUUGGAGAUGAGAUGUUGGUUUCGGUGGACUUUGAGGAAGAACAACUAAAUGAGCCUGUUUGGGUAUCAAGCAUUGUACGGCGUUUCGGUUUGAAAGGUGACCAAUCGGAUCUAUUUCUUGGUAUGACUUUUCGUGGACGGUAUGAUCGCCACAUGGCACUCCAUGGUUCUGAAGGAAACCGAGCAUUCUUGAAAUGA